GUCUCUUCAAUUUCUUCUUUUUUCCCUGCCUGAUGGUGCUCCGUGGGUGUUCCCGUGCUGCACACGCCUGGCUGCGUGGGGUGUUUAGCCGUGGGGUACAGGAGGGCCUCUCAUGCUGGUUCCUUGCAGCCCUGAGCGCCCACAGCUGAGCCCGGCGUGAGAAAAGCAGCCCCCGAGUGUUUUCUGAAAUGUUUCAUCCUCUCUCUGUGUCCCUAAACUCUGCUUUUGAUGUGUUGGGACAUCAAAGCGAGCGUCUCACAAAUUGGGGGGCAUGGAGAGUUCACAGGUGUUGGUUGUGCUUAACCAAUCUGAGUGGGAGAGAAAAUGGUCAUUAAUCUCCAUUAGUUUUAAUAUUGAUUCAAGGCUUCUGGUGGCUUUUCCCCUGAUUCUUGCAAGAGUGGUACAGAAAGCUCUCCCUAAUUAAACCAAAUAAGGCACUGCAUGACCAUAACUGCACAAUGUCUGUCCCACGUGGAGCUGUCCAUGCAAAAUGGAUAGUGGGGAAAGUAAUUGGGACCAAAAUGCAGAAAACUGCCAAAGUGAGAGUGACAAGGCUCGUGCUGGAUCCUUACUUGCUAAAGUUCUUUAACAAAAGAAAAACCUAUUUUGCCCAUGACCCACUGCAGCAGUGUGUUGUUGGAGACAUUGUUCUUCUGAAAGCUCUGCCUGAGAGAAGGAGCAAACACGUGAAACACGAACUGGCUGAAAUUGUGUUCAAGGUUGGCAAUGUCAUAGAUCCCAUCACAGGAAAGCCCUGUGCAGGAACCAGAUUCCUGGAAAACCUGUCAGAUUCAGAAAAUCUCACCGAGGCAGAUACCACCUAUCUAAGUGAGAAACUUCAGGAACUUAAAGUUUGUUCAACAGACAAAUAGUGGGGGAAAUCUUUUAAGCAGAGGGCUUCCAGCUUUUGUGUCUCUCUGUCAGGGAUGUUUGAGGCCCUGCUGUGAUAAUAUGUUAAAUGUUUCAGUGAAAUUUGUAGUCAAAAUAAAUAGUACAUGUAGUUGCUUAUGCAAAGAGAUGUUGCAGAUUGAUGGGCACCUGGAGCUUUGAAUGAAAAUGCAGAGAAAAAUGCAAGUUUGGUGUUCACACUUCAUUUUGUUGCUGUAGUUUUGCCCCAGUGACAGUUCCCAGAGGCAGCUGCCCUCCUGGAAUGGCCUCUCUGUGUUCAGACAAGACUACAACUGUGUGAUGUUUCAUUUUGGUGGGAGCCAAAAUUAUAUCAUUAUAUUAUUUGGUUGUUCUGUAUUUCAGGCAGUCUUUUGUGGUUUGUAGGGUUACUGGAGGUGAUGCUAUUAAAGCUUUUGAAAGGAAGUGUAGAAUUUUAAAACCA